UGUUGUGAUAAACUUAUUAAAUAGAAAUUUUAGCAAUGUCUAAUAGAGGUAAUAAUCAAAGCAGAAACAAGUUCAACUUGAAAAUUCAAGCUGUACCGCAAUUGGAUCCGAUUCCGGACAAGCAGACAGCGACUGAUGAAACUGACAUGGCUGCAGUGCGAGAAAAACUCGCCGAUCUGCAAAUUUCGCCAACUGAACGAGAACAGUUAGAAGAUUUUCUAAAACAUAAAAAAGAGCUUCCUGUCCUGAGCAGCUCAGAUUUAGAACAAAUGUCUGUACUCGGGUCAGGGAACAGUGGAGUUGUCACGAAAGUCAAGCACACAAGGACGAAUAUAGUAAUGGCUAGAAAGAUGAUUCAUCUAGAAGUUAAGCCUGCCAUCAUUCUCCAGAUUUUACGCGAAUUGAAAAUUCUUCAUUCUUGCAACUCGCCGUAUAUUGUGGGUUUCUGGGGAGCGUUCCAAGCUGAAAAUGAAAUCAACAUAUGUAUGGAAUAUAUGAAUGGCGGUUCUCUCGACCUAAUAAUGAGAAAGUCUGGUCGAAUUCAUGAAAACGUGCUAGCUCGAAUUUCGCUGGGAGUUUUGAAAGGGUUGAAAUAUCUAAGGGACGAGAAAGCAAUCAUACACCGAGAUGUCAAACCGAGUAACAUUUUGGUAAACACAAAAGGAGACAUUAAACUGUGUGACUUCGGCGUUUCUGGACAACUGAUCAAUUCAAUGGCCAAUUCAUUUGUUGGAACCAGAUCCUACAUGAGUCCGGAACGUCUGCAGGGUACCAAGUACAAUAUUGUGAGUGAUAUAUGGAGCUACGGGCUGUCAUUGAUUGAAAUGGCGUACGGAAAGUACCCCAUCCCCCCUCCCUCUGAAGAAGACAUGGAGGAACUGAUGAGUGCUACGGGACCAGUGUAUCCAUCUUCGAGAGCAUCUACAAACAGAGGCGACAGUGUCGACGACAACAGUCCGAAGACUCUCGCUAUUUUUGAACUGCUGGACUACAUUGUCAAUGAGCCUCCGCCCACGCUGCCUGCAAAGUAUUUCACGGAAACAUUUAUAGAAUUCGUCAACAAGUGUCUGGUAAAGGACCCAAAAGAUAGGGCAACACUGACUUUCUUGAUGAGCCAUCAAUUUGUCACCUCGGACAAAGUCAUUUCCCUAGAGGACUUCAUUUCGUGGAUAACGAAGCACGGAAUCGACAAUGAAACAAAUUAAGUCACAAACAGAGAAUGAGAUAGAUUCUCUUCUCCUUCUGAAUUGAAAUGAAAUUGCUGAAUUGUUGCUGGCAUAACAAUGUCUUAAAUGAUCAUCUUAAUGUUAGUCUAAUGCUGUUUUCUACCUGCUAAUCUUUUGAUAUUGCAUCGUAAUAUUAAUAACAUGAAUUCCACCGCUCAAGGUGUUCGUUAGUAAAGUACGACCUGUUAAUUAUUUCGUUUCUCAUACUCUGAUAGCUAUGGUGUUAUCGGAUAAUAGUCAAUUUAAUG